AUGACCACAAAACACCCGCUCGAAAUCGAAAUUGCCAGGGGCAUCCCCCUGGCCCCGCCGCCAGGCAAUGCCACUGGUUGCCGAGCCAUCUCCUGCGAGGAUUCUAUUUUCUCGCUAAAAACAGCGAUUUCUGAAACAGAUGUUUCUGAGACGUCCCAUGCAGCAGAUCUAGCUGAGGCAGCCUUUCCAGAGUUCUUACCAGAUGUUAGACCCGAGUCACGCGAUGAGAUUAUGAAGGAUAUCGAUAGUGCGCAAUAUGACGGACAUCUCAAUGAUGGCGCUCAAAGAUGGCUUUACUAUGGAUGA